AGACUAGGUAUUCUGAACAUAAACACAGGAUGCAGAUCUUUCGAUGAAAACGGUAAUGGUUUCACUAGAUCUGAAGCGAUCGUUAUGAUUCUCUUGCAAAAAAAGAAAGAUGCUAAACGAAUUUACACAGAGGUCGUAUACUGCAAAUCAAAUGUAGAUGGAUAUAAAGAACAAGGAAUAUUGCAACCAUCUGGUGAUGGAUAUUCACUUCUCUUCAAAGAAGUCUAUGAAGAAGCAAACAUUUCCCCAUCGUCUGUUGCUUAUAUUGAAGGUCAUGGAACUGGCACGGUUGUUGGAGAUCCUUUGGAAGUGAACCGCAUUAACGAUUUCUUUUGUCCGGGAAGAGAAAACGCGUUACUCUUAGGAUCAUGCAAAUCCAAUACAGGUCACACCGAACCUGCUUCUGGUCUUUGCGGCAUCAUAAAAUUAAUUUUUGCGAUGGAAACUGGAAUUAUACCACCAAAUAUAAACUUCGAUAAACCGAAUAAAAAUAUUAAAGCACUUGUAGAUGGUAGUAUUAAAGUGGUGACCGAAAAGACUCCUUGGCCGAAGGAUUUGAAUUUUGGCGGUGUAAACAAUUUUGGAUUUGGAGGUGCCAAUUGUCACGUCUUAUUGAAGAGACCCGACGAAAAUAAAAGAAAAAGACCUGUCAAUGACCAAGCUAU